GACACUGUGCUGUUUGUGCAGACUUGGAGCCCUUCCUCUUUGCCCUGCAACAGUCUUAAGGUUUCAAGAGUAGCAUCGGACCUUUCCAGGUCCUCUCCGCUACCCACGUGAGUCCUUCCCCCGCAAAAUGGAGAUCUCCUCGCACCAGUCCCACCUCCUGGAGCAACUGAACGAGCAGCGCAGGCAAGACGUGUUUUGUGACUGCAGUAUUCUAGUCGAAGGCAAGGUCUUCAAGGCGCAUCGGAAUGUAUUGUUCGCGAGCAGUGGCUACUUUAAAAUGCUGCUUUCUCAGAACUCCAAGGAGACAAGUCAGCCAACCACAGCCACGUUUCAGACCUUCUCCCCCGACACCUUCACGGUCAUCCUGGACUUCGUCUAUUCCGGCAAACUCUCCCUUACGGGACAGAAUGUGAUAGAAGUGAUGUCCGCCGCGAGCUUCCUUCAGAUGACUGACGUCAUCAGCGUGUGCAAGACUUUCAUUAAGUCCUCCUUGGAUAUUAGUGAGAAGGAGAAAGAUCGCUACUUCAGCCUCUCGGAUAAGGACACUGGCUCUAAUGGAGUAGAGCGUCCCUCUGUUUAUAGCAGCAGCUGGCAGGAAGAUGGCGGGUCUCCCCGCUCUCACCUGAGCCCAGACCAAGGACCAGCCAUAGUGAGUGGAAAGCCAUGGAACAAGUACAGUUACCACCCAGCCUCCCAGAGGAGUCCUCAGCCACCAUUGGCCAAGCAUGAGCAAAGGAAGGACCCCAUUAAGAAGACCAAGCACUUGAGAUUGCCACCACCAUCUGAAGUUGUUCAUUUCAAGUCGGGCAAAGGAGACGCUCGGACAUCCGAUUCCAGCCACCAUGUUCCCCAGUCUGAAGAGCAGGUCCAGGUGGAUGCUGAAGUGGAUCCUGUUUCUGCUGGCUACCCGUACAGCCAAGGGCCUGAGGUCGCCUCCAGGAGCUUUCCAGACGAUCUGCCCAGGCUGCGGUUCAAGUGCCCGUACUGCACACAUGUGGUGAAGCGGAAGGCGGACCUCAAGCGCCACCUGCGCUGCCACACAGGAGAGAGGCCCUACCCGUGCCAGGCCUGUGGGAAACGCUUCAGCAGGCUAGACCAUCUCAGCAGCCACUUCCGCACGAUUCACCAGGCAUGCAAGCUCAUCUGCAGGAAAUGCAAACGCCACGUGACUGACCUCACAGGGCAAGUGGUGCAGGAAGGAACCAGGCGCUACAGACUGUGUAACGAGUGCCUCACAGAAGUGGGCAUGGACAGCCUCCCUGCUGACCUGGAAACGGAGCAGCACCGCGUGUCCCCCGCCCAUGGUGAUAAGGAUUGCCGGUGGCAUCUGAGCGAAGAAGAGAACAGGUCCUAUGUGGAGAUUGUAGAGGACGGCUCUGCCGAUCUGGUCAUACAGCAGGUUGACGACAGUGAGGAAGAAGAAGAGAAAGAAAUAAAACCCAACAUUAGGUAGCCUGAAGUGCGACCUGUCAGAGCUGGCUGGCCUGCAGUUUACACAGGCAUCGUGUGUCUCUCCUCGGGCAGAGCUCGGUUAAUGGGUUUCUCCUGUGACUUAGAAGCAACCGGAUGUAACUUGCAUGCUUUCUGAAUAGGCCGCUGUACCCAUGCUGAACUUCGUUGCUGCACUGGAAAGACCUUGCUUGUGUUGGCAUGAUGGAUGAUCACCUACCCUUUCUCUUAUUACAGAUACCACUUUCUUUAAAUAUUGGGGAAAAAAAUCUAUUUAGCAAACUUUUUUGACUAAAAUAUUUUAAAUAAAUCUAUCACAAAACUUUAA